AUGACGACCUGGGACGGAACCCCGUCGAGAGAGACAUUGGUGAUUGUGGGAUACAUAGUUCCCACGGUCUUGUUGGUCGCGAGCACGGUGCUGCGACUGUGUGCUAAAAUAUCGAAAGAGGGCCUUCAUUUAGAUGACCACCUAAUCAUCCUGGCAAGUGCCCUAGAAGUAGCAUACUCGGUGACGAUGCUGGUCUGCGGUGUGGGCCAUGGAUUUGGUCAUCACACCGCAACAGUCGACCUCAAGGACCUGGAAAUAUUCUUAAAGGGAGAGUAUAUUGCCAGUCACCUUUACAACCUCUUUCUUGCGGCAACAAAGCUCGGGAUCCUCGUCCUAUACUACCGUAUCUUCCCCAUCCCCUGGUUCAGCAAGACCGUGAUCGGGUGUUCGAUAUUUGUUCUGAUAUGGAUAACCAUCAUCGAAGCAUUUAUGGGCGCACUGUGCCGCCCGCUGAACGCAUUCUGGGAUCGCACCGUCAAGGGUGAAUGCUUCAACUCCACAGCCCUAACAUACUUCGUCAACUCCUCCAACAUGGUCACGGAUCUCGUGCUUUUCGGUCUUCCCAUCCCCGUCAUCGUAGGAGUCCGCACAACGCGAAAGAAGAAGAUCGCUCUUAUUACAAUCUUUUCCAUUGGAUUCAUAACGUGCGGCAUAAGUGCCGCCCGCCUAGCCUACGUCGUUGCGCAAGGCUCAGCAGACAUUACCUGGGAAGGUGUGCCACUAGGAGUCCUAUCCGCCUUUGAAUCCCUCGGCGGGGUCCUCUGCGCCAACCUCCCGAUAAUCUACCGAUUAUUCAAAACCGCCGCACAGAAGAUCACGAGCAGUGUGUCGGGUCAGAAAAGUAAGACCACGAAUUUGCAAUAUGGGUACGAUUCCAGGGCAUACGGGUCUAGAUCCCACGGACGCCAGCAUCGACGCAGUACAGACAGUGAGAGGUGGAUUCGGAUGCCGAAUGAGAGUGAUUCUACCGAGGUGCAAACGAAUGUGCAUUGUACGAGCCCUGAUGUAAAGCCUGAUGGGUUUGAGAUGGGGCCUAUCCCUAGAGAUGGAAUUGCUGUUCAAAGGGAGUUUCAUACGAGGGUUGAGGAGAGGGUUUAG